AUAUUUUACAACCUUGCAGGAUCUGUCUCUUCACAUCAUGGCUGACUUUGAUGCAGUUCUGAAGCACUGGGGUCCAGUGGAAGCAGACUACACCACCUUUGGUAGCCUGAUUUUGACUCGUUUAUUCCUGGAGCAUCCAGAGACCCAGAAGCAGUUCCCAAAAUUUGCCAACAUCCCUCAGGGUGAGCUGGCCAAUAAUCCAGCUGUUGCUGACCAUGGUGCCACUACCUUACAGCAACUGGCUGAUCUGCUGAGGGCCAAAGGCAACCAUGCUGCCAUUCUCAAAGAUGUGGCCAACAUCCAUGGAAUUGAGCAAAAGGUCCCCGUUAAGAGCUUCAAGCUACACUUUGACGUCAUCAUUAAAGUCAUGGCAGAAAAGGCUGUACUCGAUGCCGGUGGACAACAGGCCCUGAGGAACGUGCUGGACAAAGUAUUUGCUGACCUUGAGGCCAACUACAAAGAGCUGGGCGUCACAUGCUGAGACUGACAUCCUACAAGUCAUACAAAGCAGAACGCAUGAAAAAUAUCCAUGUGCAAGUGAUUGUUUUUUUAUAGGAACAUUAAAAGCCUCAGUCAUCUUUAAGUUAUACACUUCAGAUCAGAUUAAGAGUAUUCAGAGUUGCUUGCAUUGCAAGAUUACUGUCAC